AUGGCUGGAAUGGCCACAGAUGCCAUGAUGCCAGAAGAUUUCCAUGUAUUGAAAUGCAAUUGGGCGAGCAAAGAUGGCGACUGCAAGAACGCCACCGAUGCUCAGUGUUGGAUCACGUCCUGUCAGCACGUCCUUUGUGACGAACAUGCCAGGCUGGCCUUUGCCAACGGCGAUUCUUGCCCAAUUUGUGGCUAUGAUGGGGCCAAGGUCAUGCGUGUGUCCAGGGAGGGCCGUGAUCAAGCCAGAAAAGGUCUCUUACCAGGUUUGACACCAUCCGAGAUUAUGGACUCAGCGGCUCGGAACAUUGAAUUUUGGGUUCGACAGAAAGCCUUGGAAUGCGAGCAACGCCAUGAACGCUGCUUGCAGAUGGAGAAGCGCUGUGAAGAGAUGUCGAAGUUGGCGGAGGAGCAAAUGCAAACCUAUCAGAUGAAGUGUCAACAGAUGGAAGACAUGCAGCUGGCGUUGCAAAAGAAGCUCGAUGUCUUGGAGGCUGACCGAAACAGGGCACAACUACGAAUCCAAACCUUGCAGAAGGAUUGUUCCGAAGCAGAAAUGCGAUAUCAACAUGUGCAGAGGCAAAUUUGUGAGCUUGAGGGAGUGCUUCGCACAUCCACAAGCAAGCUUGCAGGCUUGCAAACCAGACCAGCUCCAAGCCUUCCGAUUUCCGAGCGCCAUGAACGACAUGAACGACAUGAACGACCGGAGCGCCAUGAUCCAGGCAAGUCCUUGAAUCUGGAAGGUGCUUGGCGUGGAUCCACGUCCAUGUCACCAGGCCCACCCAUGGGUGCCACGGGUGCCAUGGGUGCCAUGGCUAUGGCCAUGGGGCACUUCAGCCAGCCCCGGAAGGAGGUGGCUCCAGGCAGCCCCAAGCGUGUGAUGCAACCACCUCCACCCCGCUUCACUCCUGGCUAUUUGAGUUCUGCUCGGAUGCCCAGUGGGAACCCUGCUGGACAGCUGAUCCUACACAGCACAUGCCAUUUGGGCUCCAAUGGCCAUGACUUGCAGAUGUGUGGAAUCUUGCGUCUGUUGGAACUCCGAAGGGUUGGCUACGGGGUUGUCAGUGGCUUGGGGACUCGUCGUGCCGCUGUUGUGGUCUCCUUUGAUUUGGACGACACCCUGUGGCCAGUUGUGCCAGUGGUAGAAGAGGCCAAUCAGCAGAUUGCAAAGGCUCAUGAAGAACUAGCAGCAGAAGAGGUUUUCGCUGCCAUGCGGCGCCUACGCCGCCAGCCUGCCUGGGAGAACUCCAGUUAUGGCGAUGUGAGAUGUGCGGCUUACACGGAACUGCUGGGUGAUAAAACCGCAGCGGAAGCAGUUCUGCAGCAAUGGAUUUGUGCUCGCAAUGAAGCUGGGGCCAUUCACCUCUACUCAGAUGUCAUUCCUUGCUUGGAGGGGCUCGCUUCCUCUGGCGCCAUGGUCGGGGCAAUUACCAAUGGUCUUAGCAACCCGAUCGAAAUCCCCAAACUCUCGGAGUUUUUCGAUUUCUGCGUCUCCGCCGAGGAGGACCGGGGACCGACCAGGAUUGGCAUCCGAAAAGGCCAUUUGGUGCCGGAUGAUCCCUCCAGGAAUGGUUUUGUAAUUGGACAUAAUUGGACCAUGCGAACCAGGUCAUGA